UUAAGAGACUAAAGAGCUGGUGCCUGACUCUGAUGAUAAGAACGCUAGCAAUGCAUUAUCGCUUAGUCAUUAGUGAUAAGUACCUCAUUUAUGCAAAUAGCAACUAUGAAGAUUGACAAGAAAAAGAUCAGGAAAACCCGACCAACCCAGGAAGCCAUCAACCAGGAAUCACCAUUACUUCCCAAAAGAAGAGAAGACAGGCAAGAAAUCAAAGAAUUAAAUGAAGCUUCUUUUGUUGGUGCAGUGUUUAAUCUUUCAACGACUAUUAUUGGUGCUGGUAUCAUGGCAUUGCCUGCCACCAUGAAGGUUCUGGGACUUGGCAUUGGGAUUGGUAUGAUAGUGUUUGUUGCAGUCCUCACAGAGCGCUCUGUAGAGAUUUUGUUGAGGUAUAGCAAGGCCGGGAAGCUGGACUCCUAUGGUGGGGUGAUGGGAAGUGCAUUUGGGAAUGGUGGGAGGAGGUUGCUUCAGAUUUUUGUGCUUCUUAACAAUGUUGGGAUCCUCAUAGUCUACAUGAUUAUAAUUGGUGAUGUAUUGUCUGGGACAACUUCAAGUGGAGUUCACCACGCUGGUGUAUUGGAAGAAUGGUUUGGAAUCCAUUGGUGGAAUGGCCGUAUCUGUGUUAUUCUUUUUAUGACCCUUGCUGUGUUUGCUCCAUUGGCAUGCUUCAAGCGGAUAGAUUCAUUGAGAUACACAUCCGCAUUGGCAAUUGCACUUGCAGUGGUUUUUCUCAUUAUUACCGCUGGAAUUACAGUGUUCAAAUUGAUUAAUGGAAGUGUUGCCAUGCCUAGGUUGCUCCCUAAUGUUACUGAUAACACAUCAUUCUGGAAUCUCUUCACCGUUGUCCCCGUUAUUGUGACAGCAUUUAUCUGUCAUUUCAAUGUUCAUACAAUUGACAAUGAGCUGGAAGACUCUUCUAUGAUACGGCCAGUUGUGCGGACUUCACUUGCUUUAUGCUCUACUGUCUAUAUAAUGACAAGCUUCUUUGGGUUCCUUCUAUUUGGCAACUCAACUCUUAAUGAUGUUUUGGCCAACUUUGACACCAACCUUGGUGUCCCUUACAGCUAUGUGCUUAACGAUGUUGUUCGCAUCAGCUAUGCUCUCCACCUCAUGCUUGUUUUCCCUGUGGUCUUUUAUCCAUUGCGCCAAAAUAUCGAUGGUCUUCUUUUUCCUUCAGCCAGGCCUUUGGUUUCAGAUAACUGUAGGUUCACACUGCUCAGCAUAGCACUCAUUUCUUUCAUCUUCUUGGGUGCAAAUUUUGUACCCAGCAUUUGGGUUGCUUUCCAGUUCACUGGAGCAACUUCUGCUGUGUGCAUUGGAUUUAUCUUCCCAGCUGCCAUUGCCCUGAGGGAUCCCCAUUUGGUAGCAUCCAAGAUGGAUAAGAUCGUGUCUGUGUUCAUGAUUUUUCUUGCUCUGUUUUCGAGCUCAGUGGCUAUUUACAGUGAUGCUUAUGCCCUCUUCAGAAAGAAUCCCUCUCCACGCGAGUGAUUUUGUUUGUUUACUAAGAUUCUGAUGUGCAAAGCAAAUAAGCGAUGCUUAGCAGAGAAAAUAAGUUCCCCAAUAAAGGCUGGCUUAACAAGUUGAUGUGCAAGUAUAUAAUGUUAUGUAAUGACUGUCCAUAAGCAUUGCUGUAUUUUGGUUUGAUCUUUUUAUCGAUUGUAAUGCAUCACCCUAAUUCAUAUUUCAUCAGCUUCAGGAUGUUUUAUAUGCAAUCAUUUCUUUCGAGAUUGCUUUUUCA